UUUUUCUCUAAUGGGAUUACUCACUAGAUACUGCCAUUCUUUAAAUAAGUAGGAAACGAUACUUUAUUACUCAUCGCCGGAUAAAACACCGUCAUAUUGACGUGUUCCAACCUUCAGACUAUCAUUAUACGUUUAUACGGCGUAGGGGAAGCUUGGUAGUUUAAAGCAAAACUAUUGUGCUAUUUAUAACUGCCCUACGAUGUCUCAACAAUAUUAUCCAUUUAAGUGCACACCUACAGUGUAUCCUGCAGAUCCAUUUGAUGCUAAUGCAGAUGCAGCUGUGCUUCGAAAAGCGAUGAAAGGUUUUGGAACUGAUGAGAGAGCUAUUAUUGAUAUAUUAACUAGAAGAGGAAUUGUUCAACGUUUAGAAAUUGCAGAAGCUUAUAAAACUUUAUAUGGAAAAGAUUUAAUAAGUGACCUUAAAAGUGAGCUUACAGGAAAAUUAGAAGAUGUAAUAAUUGCUCUUAUGACACCUUUGCCACAUUAUUAUGCGAAAGAAUUGCAUAAUGCAGUAAGUGGAUUAGGAACAGACGAAGAAGCAAUUGUAGAAAUUCUUUGUACUCUUAGUAAUUAUGGCAUUCGCACAAUUGCUGCAUUUUAUGAGAAUUUAUAUAGUAAAACUUUGGAAAGUGAUUUAAAGGGAGAUACUUCAGGUCAUUUCAAAAGAUUAUUAGUAUCUCUUGUUCAAGCUAAUAGAGAUGAGAAUCAAGGAAUAGAUCAUGAUCAAGCAACUGCUGAUGCUCAAGCACUUUAUGAAGCUGGUGAAAAACAAUGGGGUACUGAUGAAUCUCAAUUUAAUGCUAUAUUAAUAACACGGAGUUAUCAGCAAUUGAGACAAACCUUUCUUGAAUAUGAAAAAAUUGCUGGACAUGACAUAGAAGUUGCUAUUAAAAAAGAAUUUUCUGGAAGCAUUGAAAAAGGACUCUUGGGAAUAGUGAAAUGUGUGAAAUCAAAAGUGGGUUUCUUUGCUGAACGUUUAUAUGAUAGCAUGCAUGGUAUUGGAACAAAAGACAAAACUUUAAUUCGCAUUAUUGUAUCAAGAAGUGAAAUAGAUUUAGGUGAUAUUAAGAAGGCAUUUGAAGAAAGAUAUGGAAAAAGUUUGGAAAGUUGGAUUGCUGAUGAUACCUCUGGUGAUUAUAAAAAAGCUCUUUUGUCUUUAGUUUCUACUUAAUUCUGAUCAUAAUAUUUAAUGUAUAAAGAUUAUAAACAGUAUAAGUGAACUUUUAUAGUGUAUAGUAAUAUCAGUAUAAUAUGCAAUAUUAUCUGAUAUUCGAACUAUGAAUUUAGUUUAGAAUCUCAAUUUUUCUUAAAAUGCAAUUGUCAUAACGAGGGUCUGAUGUUUUGCUCAUAGUAAAAGUUCCAUAUAGCUUAUAUAUAAAAAAAAAGUUUAAUUAUGCAUAAAUUAAUAUUUUUUACACAUUUUAUAUAUUUUUAUUAUAUACACUUAUAUAUAUUGUGCCUACAUAUAUUGUCUAAUAGAGAGAUUUAUUUUUGAGUAAAUAUUAAAAUUGUUAACACAUGAAUAGAAUAAUUGUUAUAAUUAAUGUACACUUUUAAAUACUUCGCGUUUAUUAAAAAUACUACUAAAACACA